GUAUAAGAUGCCAUGGGUGACCAACUACGACUAUGGCACAUGGGAUGCACAGACAUGGUGGGGCGAGCCCAAGGUGAAGAAGGAGAAAGGAAAGGGGAAAGGCCGUGGAAAAGGAAAAGACACGGCAGUCGAGAAGACGGCAAAAGGAAAGAAGAAGGAAGAGCAGACAGAGCCGGGUUUGAAGGAGGAAAAUUCGAAGCUCAAGCAAGCAAUUCGACUUCUUAUGGAGAAGGUCGAGACCAAGGAGCCUAUAUCAGAAGAGGUGCAAGAGCUAGUACAAGAAGAUCCGAGAGAACUUAUCCGACAAAAACAAAAGGCGCUCAACGAGGAGCGGAAGCUCCUCAACAGGUCGGAGAAGCUGCAAGAGACUAUACGAGAAAAGGAAGAGAAGUUUGCAGCAUGGGAUCAAUACAUCCGUGGUGGACUUCAAAUGGAAGCUCAGAGGGUUCAAGAAGAGAUUGCCGAAUUGAAGGAGACCAUGAAGAAGGAAGAGAAAGUCGAGAAGGAGGAGAUGGACCUCGAUGUGGACAAGGACCCCGAGGGAUUGAAGGCGGAGAUUGCCCAGUUGAAGCAUGGCAUGCAGCAGAUGAUGAGCUACACAGCACAGAUGGAAUCCAAGCAUCAGCAGUUCUUGGAACAGAUGCAGAUGCAGAUGGCUACCUUGGUCAAUGCGGCGACUGGAGCAAGAAUGUCUCAAGGAUUCGAUUUCCCAUCACCGGAACAAAGGGUUCAUCCACGUGUCCAUGGACUGGCUAUGUCGGAGGAGCCAGAGCCGAAAAGGGAGAGAACAAGAUCUCCCAAGACACGUAUGUCGGAGCCAGCGGAGACUGCAGAAGGCAGCUUCAACGAAUUUGUUCAGAAGGAGGUGGAGCGGAUGCCGGAGAUGUUCCGUUUAGAAGUGCUACGCAACUUGGAAAGUGCGCCAGAUCUCUAUGCCACACCAGAAGCCUUCCGCAAGAUGGCGGUCAUGGUCGACAAAGAGAUGCAGAUGACUCCUGUGCCAGAAGGUGGAGAGAUGAAGGUCCUGCGGGAAAUGAGCAAGAGCGAUGCUUUGAAGCCAUUUGGGAAAUCUCCCAAAAAGAAAGAUCGAGAGGGACCCUAUAUGCUACCCUUGACGGAUGCAAAGGGGUCAUCGAGUAUGAGCCGACGAAACAGCAAGGAGGAAGGAAGGGUGCUGGAUCAGUUGUCGGACUAA